GUGAAAAAUGUUGAGAAAAACGUUCUGAAGUUGCGUGAUUAUCGCCACAAAUAUGCUAGCUAAAAAACAUUUCGCUGACACAGUACAUAGGACUCGUCGUUAUCUAAGCUAGCCUCCUGCUUGAAUUCACAUGGUUGCGCUGAUUCAAUUAUGGCUCAUGGUGAUAUCGUUUCUUUCACACAAAAAUUGGAUCACGGUUGCCCACCCGGAUCUUCAUUUGUAAUCAUAGCGAAACCGCUGAAGAAGAAAAAGAGAGGCAUUGGUGUUCGAUUUGCUGCUUCUCGAAAAACUGCAUUGAUACUCAAGAUAUCAAUAGCCGAAGACGGGAUGAUUACAUCCAGACUUCUUAUAGAUGGUUCUGAUACUACAGAAACUAGGACGGCUGCCGUUUUACCCCUUGAAAAAAACUACAUUUUCGAGUUGAUCUUUACUAGAUCUGACGUAAAGGUACUUUUCAACGGCACACGCAUAAUGACCUUCAACCAUCGCACAAAACUUGAAAAACUCACUAGUUUGCACAUAGACGGAACACUGAAAUUGGAAGAAGUUAUUGUAAAAUUAUAUCAAGGUAACGGACGUACGCAAAUCUUGUAUCCUCUUACUGGUGCAUCAAGUGAAGUGGAAGAGAAGCCCGAGCCCGAGCAGUGCGCAUAUACCACUACACCUUCUGAAUCAAAAACUUUAGUCACUUCACCAGAACCAGCAGAGCCAUUAAGCCCGCCCUGCAAGCCAAAUGGGGAUUCGGAGCCUGCAGCGCCAGAAACAUGCCCAAUAGCGAUUCUCACUCCAAUGGGAUUGCUGAUUCCUCCUAAUCUUCCACCUGCAAUUCUAAUACAGCAAACAGGCCUUGCAGAAAACGAACAACUUCAUUCAGCUCCAUUACCACUUGGAUGUAUCCAGCCGGCACAAGAGACCGUAUAUUGGGGCGCUGAUAACCAGAUUACUACUGAUGAGCUUGCAGCUUACCUAAACAAUUUGUCCAAAUCGAUUUGUCAAGCACGGAACUCGAAUGUUUCCGACGUUAGCAGAAAAGAACAUUAUUUGUCUCCAUUUCUCAGAAGUACUAGGACUGGAAACCCACGAAUUGCGACAGCAUUAAAGAGCAUUGACAAGGAAGUGCAAAAUAUUUACAAUGAGACACCGGCACUGAUGAAGAUGCUGGAAAGCAUUGCUGCAUCUGGACAGGCGAAGGCCUACGCGCAUGAAGUAGCAAAACAUGACAUGGGCAUGGAGAUGUCAAGUAGCGCCGUCCCCACUUACCACAAUGGAAAUGUCAAAUCAGCUUUAUCAAGUUCUUUAGAUCAACUUAAAAAUAGAGAUGCCGCUAGCACAAUGUUGUUGCAAGAGCAUGUGUACGAAAACAUGAGACCGAAAAUAGCAAAUACGAUGUCGAAGAAGGGAACGCCGUCAGGUAGUAGUGGAGAAGGUACCACAAGCAGCAGCACUGAUAUGGAGAGUCGCACAGAGAAAGGCCCAGUUUACUGUAACAUAUCGGCGUUUGACAAGUGCGGCACAACUGGAAAGAAGAGGGAUAUAUCGCAAAAAAAUUCGCCAACCAGCUUAGUUGUAAAGGGUAAACAACAGGAGCAUCAUGUUGACUCACUUUACACUCCUAUCAGAAAAUCUGCGACAAAAGUUCAUAAAGGAUCGACACAGGUUACCGCUACAAAAGUAGAACAACAUCACUUGCGAAUAGAACAUGAUUCUCAUAAUAAUGAAAAUGUGGAAGAGCAAAACAAAUCUGUUACCGAUGGCGGCCACAACAUGGAUAGAACUACUUACAGCAAGUCGCCUAGUUCUGCGGACGAAAACGAUUAUGAAAAAUAUUGGUGCUUUAAUAAAGCGCAAAAGUUGGCAGGCACACUGGAAAGCAAAUUAACCGUUUUUGAGAAAGUCUGCGGUGGCAAGUAUGCGCAGCCUAACAAGGUUGGCCAGAAAAAACCUGGAUUGGUGACAGCUACUGUACGACGCAGCUGUGAGGAUCCGGUGAGCUCUAAGUGGAAAGUAAAGUUGGAUGCAGGGAGCAAAAGAGAUCCGAAAGCCAAGGAUCCCCACGAGUUGUUGAAGCAGCGCUUGUAG